CUUCUUCUGGAAUUUUUAGCUCAGUAAUUAGAGGCAUACUUUGCUAGAAAAAUACCUACUGAUCUGUUUUUGACCAUAACAAAAUUUCAUUCAAACAGUGUAAGCUUACAAGCGAUUUUAAUAUGCGACUCUGCUUCUAGGCCCCUCAUCGUGGAGCUAUCCUUGAUUUGAAAAAUCUGUGUCAUAUGGAUGCGCUGCAUGCUCUAUACGUGCACGUACGAGAUAGAUAUGUACAGGAUAUGUACAACUACAUGUACGUACAUACAUGUACAUAUGUGGACAUAUAUAUGUGCAUGAAUGAAAAGUCGGUGGCUAGCUGCGUCGGUCUGUGUUGUUUGUCAAGGCUGCCUCGAGACAGUGAAAUAUCGCUGAUUCAUCAGUUUUUCUGGUGUGUCGCCGCUGAUGAACUUGGAGCUGACGUCUGUUCGUAGAUAGAAAUCAUGGCACCUACUUUUGUGAAGGCCGGCACUGCGACUUUACUCGUUGUGCUUGCAGCAAUCUUGUUGCAGAGAAGGUCGGAGCACCAGCUGAAGGAACGGCUGCAGACUGUUUUGAAUAGUUUACUCCGAGCGGAGCACAAGGUCCACGUCUCUUCCACUGAGCCCCGUCGGGUGGCCGUCGGGCUGGGCUCAUGCCUGGAUUCUGUCACCACGGCGGUCCAGCUGUUUGACAGAAUCUCCGUUCAGCCACCCGCGGGAGAGGACGUCAAGCACCACGACUCGCUCAGGUCGGCGAGAGAACUUGCCGAGGGAUUCACGUAUUUCUUCACGCGUGGGGCAGCCGCAGAGCGUUAUGUGCAUGACAAGCUGCUAUUCAAGCGGCUGGUUGCCGCUGCUAGAGAUAUGCCGGAAGCCAAGUGGACUAUCGGGGGUAACGCACCAGUGAUGGCCAAUCGAAUGGCCAGAGAAGGCUGUCAGGUGCUCCUUGGCAGUGUCAUUUCCGACACCAUCGCCAAGGAGAUAGAGACGGGUGUCAAAGUGACUAGUCAUUCCACCGACCAAGAAGUGGAGGAAGUCCACAUGAUAUUGGAAUACAAGACAGGAGAGACGUGGGGGAGCUUCAGUGCACCCAGGGCCAACAGGUUCAUUGUGCACAGCGAUGCCUCCAAUCCACUCCUGUCCUCUUUGGAAUCAUUCCAAGAACAGCUCAAGCCUUUCAAGCCGCACGCUGUGGUCAUUGGAGGGCUCCAGAUGAUGGAUAACUUCCCUUUUAAAGGCGAUGUGCGGAGCCAGAGGCUGGGACUGCUGCGCAAUGUGCUGACAAGAGACGUUCCCACCGACAUCCCAAUCCACUUUGAGUUUGCCUCUUUUGUGGAGCAAGCCACGGCCCUGGAUGUCAUCAAUCACGUGGUGCUGUACGCUGACUCCCUGGGCAUGAAUGAGCAGGAGCUGCCCAACCUCUACAGUCUGCUGAACUAUGGCAACAUCAGUGUGGUCUCAGACCCGUACCCCCGUGUGGCCACAGUCUUGGACCAGAUGCGAUCGGUGUACCGCAGCCUGAGGACAGUGCGGGGGCCGAGCAUGAGGGCCCUGACGCGUCUGCAUGUCCACACUCUGGCCUUUCAGGCCAUUCUGACCACAAAAAACUCCAAGUGGAAGAACACCAUGGCCGCAGCCGCCAAGGCAUCACUGACUGCCUACCGCCACGUUUGCGGCAGUGACCACAUUGAGGUGGCCAAGGCACACCUCAUCAUGGACGACUCCUUCUCGCUGUCGCGCCAGGAAGGCAGCGACCGUGUCCUGUUUCAGAACCACCGGCCUGUCUCCUGCUGGGAGGAGGAGGACUACCAGAUCUGUCUAGCUCCAGUCUUAGUCUGCACCCAGGUCCGCAAAACGGCGGGGGGUGGGGACAACAUAUCGGCUGCAGCGCUGGCCGCCCAGAUAUGACACAUAGGACCAAUAGUUGUUUGGGAGUCUUGGGACCAUAAAAUUAACUCCUAGGUUGUGGUUGUCUGUCAUCUUGUCUAUGAGUGGAAAACAACCCAUGUAAGAAACAAAUCCCAUUUUGGAAAAUAUUUUUGUUUAUCACAACUUCGUAAGCAGCCAGUAUGAGGGGUUAAAUGUUAAUUUUAAGCUGUACACAUUCUUUGCAAACAAGAUAUAACAAUUGUAGCAAAUGCUGAAAGAACGCAAGUCAUGAAGAUGCAGACAGUCGCUCUAGGCACACUCAUGUGAAGAAUGUUUUAAUUGUAGAACAAAACCACAUUUUUUGCAUUUCUCUUUGUCAUUUUGAUGUAUUCAUUAAUAAUAAGUGAAGAUAUUUUCUGUUUUUGUUUUCUUUUUUUAAGAGGGGGGGCUCAACCCAGAAGCAUUCCCAGGUUUUGCUGCUGGAAAUUCAACUGCUCUAUUUGUGUGAUAGCGCAAAUGAUAUUGAUGGGCUGCAUGUGGCUCUGGUGCCCCGUGCUGCGACCGUAUUUUCUCAGAUAGUGUUUCCUGUUUUACGUGUUCAAUUCAUGGUGUACAACUUCAGAAGACUCAUGGACAACUCUUUGGUGCUACUGCUGCUUUCCUCGGUAAUCAGCUAAAUGCUGAUGUUUAUACCAAGCACAACCACAUACCCGGAAGCCAGUCUGAUUAGGUGGGACAUUUUUAAAGCUCUCUCUGUGCCAGUGCAUCGCAUUGAUCUCUUAAGUUGCCAAACGAGGAAGUGGAUGAGGUGGAAACGUCCAUCAUAUAGUUUCAGGGAUCUCUGUGUUCGUUGUUCUUUUUGAAAAUAAACCAUGCAUACUUGGGUUGAUUGAUUAGAUCAAGUUUUAAAUUUGCCUGUAAACAGUCUUUUAGAAAGUUUGCUGCACCGAAUGGAAAAAAAGGAGUUCGAGGUGCGUCAGCGCACUCUGAUUUAGGUGGACUGAGCAUAUGAGGAUGAGCUCUUGUCCUUUCUCAAGAACUCGUCGUCUGUGAGUCCAAGUAGAUUAUGGAAUUAAGACUUUUUCUCCAUUGAUACUUUUUUAUCGUCGAGAGAAAUGUUUUCUCAACCUUUUCUGUUUGUCAUAUGCAUGGUUCAAGAUUUAUGUUCAGAUUUUUUAAAAAGUUUGGGGACUUAAUGCUUUUGCAUGAUUUUUUUAUUGGGUUUGCUUUUACUGUUACAGCAUUAUCUGUAUCGGCUCAAAGUACUUAAAAACAAAUGAAUGAUGGGAAAAAAGUCAGUUAAAUUUGUCUUGGACUUUAGUUUGAAUAUUUUCAAUUGUUAGUUGGAAUUUAAGGAGGUAGGAAGCAUCCAGAAAUGUACCCGUAUGCCAACCAAGUACUCUUGUACUGUAAUACCAAUUUGUAUUCACAUAGCAGUUAUUUUUGCUUUGUUAUGUGCACUGUUGUAAAUGUACAUGCACAUCUACGCAUGCAUAUCAGGGUAGAUAAAAUCGUAAAUUAUCAUAUCUAUAAACUUUGAAAGGGUUAACUACACAUUAUAUUAUGCGAGUAUGGGAGAGAUUAAAUUUUUUAAUAUUUUUGUAUUGCACAUUAAGAGUUGGUGAGGGUGGAUGAACGUUUGUAUUUAAAUUCUUUUCUUGCAUGAGUCAGUCUCGCUAAUGAUCAUGCACCAGAGACCGAGUACCAGUGUUACAAUUUGAUGUAUCAAUACAUGUGCAUGUAUUGAGUUCACAACUAUUCUUUUAUCUUGGACCUUUCCAUUUGGUUUCAAUGUAUAUUUGGUGGUUAAAGCUGCUGCAUUAUUUAGGCAAAAUUUCACAGUAUGCAUGUCUUUGUUGAUCUGUUUUCUUUUUGGUUUCCAUUUUUUUCAAACUUAAGAUUUGUCUUUAGUUUUGGUAUAACAGUCUUCAACUUCUGGAAUAUAUUCCACAAAAAUUUAAUAUUCUGGCUAAAUGUGGCCAUAUUAAAAUGUGUCAGAAUACACAGCUGCAGAGUUCAGCUAGUGUACAGCUUGAACCAGACUCAGAAUCAUUUAAGCCCACUUCUGAGGUACACCUCGUCAGAACAUUCCUCAUCAGAACAAUGAAAAUACUUGUGGAGGCCAAGAUGAAGAGGAAGCCUGAGAUGAAACAGUUAAUUAAAAGAUCACUCAAGAAUUGGUACCAAAAUGUUCUGGUGGAACACUGUUUCUGGUAUUACUUUCCUCUCUUUCUUAGGCUAAACCAUUUACACUUGGCAUGUACACUGCACAGCAUACAUGUAACUUCAUGGUGAUCAUCAUUGUGGGCAUCUGGCACCAUCACCAAUCAGUGUACAUUUUCAAAGUACCAGUAUUUAAGUGUCAUUACAAACUGAGAAUGGCAGGAUUGUGACCAAAUGUACUGUCUUUCAAUUCCUUCAAGCUGCUAAUCGUCACACUCAGCAACAGUUGUGCAAAAGUCUUGGGGGACAAGAGCUACAGAUCCUGUGUGCUAUUACACAGCCUGCUUUGAUCUUGCGCCGUUUCUGCUGCACCGUGUUUUCCCCUAUUUAAGAGAUGUUGCUUUAAAAGCCUGAGAACAGUCUACAUGUAUUUGGUGUAAUCGUUUCCAUUGUGUAACUGUGCAGUACUUGUCCCAUGGUUGUAACGCAUGACCAAACUGGUGCAUUCCUGAAAAAUGAAAGAAUCAUGAACUCAUUAUCAAAGAAUUUUUCAUGAACUGCUUUGUUGCCUUAUACUAGAUGAAAGAUCACAUAUGCAUUGCUUUGGCCUGUUCUUGGCUUGGUUUGUGCAGGGCACAUCAUGUUACAACACAGUAGGCCUAGACAUAUUUUAUACAUAUUCUUCCCAGCUACUCUGCAGCAUGUGAAAUCAACCUGCAGAUGCUGGUCAUGUUUCAGUAGAAUUCAAACUAAAUACCCUAAAAUUAUUACCAAGCUGCAUACAUUCACACAGCACCCAGAUGCUGUAUGUUUUUUUUUGUUAUAAAAUAAUGUUGAUGUUCAAUGGGCAUUUUAGAUUAGCAGACAGAUUACCAUUGGGACUUUGGGGCAUUGAUGCUUUGUACUUUUGUGGUAGGGCAAUGGCCAAGUUGUCAGUGAAAACACAAAUGCCAAGCAUCGAGAGCCUGCAGUUAGAAAUUGGUUUAAAAGUGGACUUGACAUAUCCGUUGAGGCCAGUUCAUUCUUCAGGUGAAUUUUAUAGCUAAGCAAAUCCAACGUCAAAUAUUUCAUACAGCAGAGAUUUGCAGCUUAAGGUGUGUUUAAAUUUUUGCAAAUUUGCAGCACAAAGAUUUGAUCUGAUGUCACAAUUAUGCGUUCAUGUUUUCGUGUGGAGAAUGAACCGGCCUUUUUAAUGGGAACAAAGCAGGUGUACUGUACGCUGAAAAUGCCAACACCACCAUCUGUAGGCACAAGCCUAUUAAUGAAUUGGCAAUUUAUUUUUAAUCAUUAUUUUGUGACAAAAUGGUGACAUACAGUAACAGGUGUAAUGGCAAGGGUUGAAGAUACCGUGACUAAAUACAAUUUUUACGCUUUUACUGCAAUACAGUUUACUGCUAUUUAUCUAUCUACUUUUAUCUAAAUUUAAGAUUCAAACAGUCCCUUUAAUGAAAAUUCACAUCAUUGAUGUAUGUUGUAUUACGACUAAGCAUAUAAAAUUGUCUUUAUUUUGGACUCUCAACCUAAAAUGUUUCAAGUUGCUUGACGAACUCACUAUCGAACGUGAAACUGAAGAAUAAAUUGAAUUUGAUUUUA